AUGCUGGCCGUGAAGACUCCGGUCAUGUUGCAACCACCCAUAGCGGUGGAUAAGAAAAAAGCCAAGUUUAGCUGGCGUGCAAAGUUAAGGAGGGCCAAUGCUACAAGUAAGGACGAUAAGUUCAGCCCUACGUCAUUUCCCACCUCAGUCUCGCCUGCUCACUCUUUGGAGUCUUUCAACGGUGUCCGUGGAAGUGGAAGACGCUCUAUUUCGCCAAACUCAGAUUUAGCACCAUUAUUAAGAUCUGGUGGGAGUUGCGAUACAACCUACUCAGAUCCUGAUAGUAUUUUUAGUGGUACGGCGCACCGAUCACCUCCAAUUUUUCAAAGAUCUAAAUCGCUGGGAAAUCAGGGUCCAUCGAAUGAUCUUUUGAAAGCCUCGAAUGCUUUACAAGAAGUAAUGUCCAGCCCACGAAGAAAAGGUCCAAAAGUCAAACCUUUUAUUUUCACUCAAACUCAGCAAAAUAAGCCACGAACAAAUAAUAUAAAUGACCUAAAAUGUUUCAUUUGUGAUGAAAUGCUUUACACCAAAUUAGAACAUGAAAAAUUGGUUGACUUGAAAUGUGGUGAUGUAAUCCACGGAGAGUGCUUUAACAUCACUGUCAAUUUUGAGAUUGAAAAGCUUUUGAAACUAAACAUAAUAGAUACAAAUGAUUCACCGCUGACGCAGCUUUGUAAGUGUCUACCACAUUGCCAGGGGCUUAAUUGCAAAACCAAUAAUAUAUCUCAAACAAUGACUCCUUUUGAUAGUUCAAUUGUUGACAAAUUGUUUGCCAAUGCGUUGCUAGAUCAUAAGAAAAGUAAGUUUGUGCAAGAGGGCCCCAAUCUCUCAUCUUUAAGCUCAACUUUAAGGUAUACAAAGUCCUUGGAGGGCUCCAUUUGUCAGUCGGAUAUAUUGUCGCCAACUUUUAAUAAAAAAGAGCAGUCGGCCAAAAAUCAAACUGGCGGUAACUUGAGGGUUUCAGGAACCGUACUUCGCUCUGAUUCUAAAAAGCGAGGGGGUGUCAAUUCACUAAUCAGCUGGCGAUCGACUUCAUCUUAUUUAAGGCUAUCCAGAUCUCCCUCACCUACAGCCAGCAUGUCAACUACUAAUACUGUCACAGUAAGGAUAUCUAAAUAUAAAGAAGUACCACUUGAUAUUUUAAAAAGCGCAUUCAUACAAUAUCUUAUUGACAAUUGUUCCGGUUUGCAGUUAACGUCCUUAUUAAAAUUCGGUGAGCUAAGGUUGAUAGAUGAGCUACUCGUAGGCUAUGAUGGUCUCAGUUAUAGCACGAAAAUAGUUUACCUUUUUGAAAACUAUUUGGUGGUUUGGAACAUGGGUUCAAAUGAUUGCAGAAUGUUUCCGAUGAUAGACACAUUUGUACAAACGCCUGACGUUUCCACACUAAUGAUAUCUGACAGGAAACUGAGCCAUUCUCAAAUAUGGUUGAAUUCAGAAACUGAUUCGAUCAUUGAGAAGUGGGUUGUAGCCACUUCAGAUUUUAAUUUUAAGUUUCCAAGUGAAAUUUUGACUUCAACUAUUAUUUUGCCCACACUUUCAAAUGGAUUUGAGAGGCCACUAACGCGCCCAUUAUCAGCUAUUAAGAAUAAUAAUAAGAGACUCAGUGAUAUCACUGAGAAAAAUGCUUUUGUCGAUGAAAGUGCUUCGUAUCUUGCCCUAAACUCUACAUCUAGUAUCUUCUUACCUGACAGUGUCACUAUGACUCACAAGGAAGCAUCACCGAACGAAGAGUUAUCUAUUGAUAAACAGAGAGUGGAUGGAAUUUUCAAGCACGAAACUAUUUUGAGUGAUAAUAAUGGAAAUUGUGGCAUCUCAAGAGUUAUGCUGAUUCAGGAUGGAUCAUUGUCUAGUGAAUCUGAUCUGGACUCGGACCAAGAAGUGAUUAAUGAAUUUAUGCAGAAAUGUAAUGUUAAAAGCGAGAAGACUUGGGAUGAUUUAAUUUCAAAGAUUGAUAAUGUCUUAUUCAGUUCCGCGAGUUGA